AUGUCGGCGUCUGACGACCUAUACCUGCUCGAGGAGUUGACCCACAUGAAGGGCCAUAUCUCCCAGCUCCAAGCUACGUUGAACCAGGUGCUUGCUCGAGCGCCUUCUGUUGCCAAGUAUAAGGAAUUGCUUGCUGUGUUGGAAUCGCCUGCUAAUCUCCCGCCGGUGCUUGCCUCAUCACCUCAGAUGGUCGAAAGACUCAAGGCUACAGUUAAUACACCCCAGAUCAAGGUUGCGGUACGCAUCAAGGAGCUUUGUGAUAAGGGAUAUUUACCAUUUAUUUUAACUUUGGCCAAAUGCAACUUCAAAUCGGUGAAGUUUGACCGCCAUGUGGGUUACCUAUUGCACUAUAAGCCACCUAAGGGCCAGGAGCUGUUGAAGGAAGAAGAGAACGGCAAUGCGGUUACGAAAGAUAUUGAAAUGUACCCUCCAAGCUUGCCGCCACUUGACGAUAACUCCUUGCUCAAGUUGGUCCUUACAGAUAAGAGUUUGAGGCAACCGCCAGACUUCUUGGAGCUGCAAUUCCAGGAUGGCCAUCACGACUUCAACAAUAAUCAUAAUAGAAAGUUGGCCAUGAAGGGUAAGCUGUUGCUUGACUACUUGCUUCUUGAGAUUCUUGACGAAAAGUUUCUUCAUAAGGCCCACGAGGACGAUGUGCUUUACGUUAAGAACAGACUAACAUCUACAUUCAUUUUGGCCAAGUUUGCUUACCUUUACAAUCUCACUGACGAGCUUCAACAUGGCAUUUCUGAGGACCUUGGCUUCGAAGACAAGCUUGUCGUCUUCAAGAACGUGUUUUUGGCAUAUAUCCAGGCAUUGGUGAUGCUGAAAUACAGCACGGCUGAGAUCAAAAGAUGGCUCGAAGCCCUUUACGAGCCCAUGCUUGUCAAGUUGAAGCAAGAGUACAGCAAUGGUGAAAUUUUGAAGAACGUUUACGCUGUGGCCCUCUCCGAAUUCCAGUUCCUUUUAACUCGUGUGAACAACUACUUUGAUCAGCCUACGAAGAAGAUCCGCUAUGAGUUCGCCACGGUCGAAGAGGAUCCAUUUGUUUGUGUUCUUAGGGUCGGAGGUGAAGACUACAGUACAGGCACCGAUAAUACGGCGCUUGGCGCAAGACAGAAGGCUGCCUAUGAAUUGUUCCAAAGCAAGACCUUACGCUUCAAGCUCAUGAAGUACUUGCUUGAAAAUUUCAAGAAACCAGAAGCACCAAAGCCAAAGGAGCCAGUGGCUCAACAACCCUCGGCUGCAGCAUCACAUCCAUCUGCACCUUCUGUAGCAGCUGCUAUGCAAGCCUCUGCUAAACCUAUUGAUGACGACGAUGACUACGAUCCAGAAGCCCUAAGCCUGAGUAAAGACGAAACUCCGGCUUCAUCCCAGACACCAGCAUCAUCUCAAAGAUCAGAGCCACCGCAACAGACUAAUACUAGAAAGCCCUUACCCUACGGGGCUUUGCCGCCGAUCCCCAACAUGAAGAGAAGAACUGCCAACAGGUAA